CUUUGCCAAGCUCUGUACUUUGUUGUUUUCGUGUUUUGAUGUUUGCCCCUCCGAAAUGGCCACGAAGCUAAAUGUAAAUAUCCGGACGCUGCUGUCCAACUGCGAGGAUUUGGCCAAGAGCGAGCAGAACUUCUGGCGGCUGCAGAAGUUCAUCAAGUCGCUGGACACCAUGCUUGCCGAGCUGGAGGCGAUGGACGACCCUCAGAGUGCCACCCGCAUCCCGGGCUACACGGAACGCCUGAAGGCGUUGAAGAUCGCCACGGGAUUCAUCGAAGUGGCCGCCAGUUCCACGACAAAUGCAUCACUGCAAUCCUCCUCAUCAACCAGCGAAGCCGGGGAAAAUGCACUGAAGGAAAUGCGGCAGCUACAGAACACGAAGCAUCACAACGCACUGCGAAAGGAGCUCCUGGAGGAUGGCGAUGCCGCCCUGCGACGACGUCGAGGAGGUGCUGAGGAGUCAAGUCCCAGUAGCGGAAGCAUCCAAACAACUUCUGCCGACAAUAUGAACGAGGCUGCCAAGUAUUAUACGAACGCCCAGGAGAAAAUCACAGAUCAUAUGCUCUCACUGACGCGAAAUCUAAAGGAACAGACAGAGACUGCCAACAGGAUCAUUCGCAGGGACACCGAGGUUGUGUCACGGUCCGCUGGAAUGGCGGAUCGCAAUAUAAAUUCCUUGGGAAAAGAGGCUGAGAAACUAGAGCAGCAUUCAAAAAAUGCCUACAAGUGCUGGCUCUGGUUAAUGAUUGUCUUUGUAAUUGUUACUUUUAUAGGUAUGGUGCUGUUCAUGAAGAUCAUGAAGAAGAAGAAGGCGUAGGAACUGACUCCAAACGAAUCAAACUAAAGAUUAUACAUUAAAUACGCUCUUUCCGAUGCCGAGGUUAAUAGGUUAUCCACAGAGCACCCAAAAUCGUGUAAACAGACCCACAUUAAACGUUCGAAAGCCGCCCAGCGAUUUA